AUGGCUGAUUCGUUCCGUUAUGUCCUAGUAACCGGUGCUACUGGCCUGAUUGGGGCCCAUGCUGUUGACAACUUACUAUCCAAGGGCAUCAAAGUCCGCGCAGUGGCUCGAUCGAAGGAGAAAGCAAACGCUUUUCUUUUGGAACGACCGGCGCAUGCCGCAGACUUGGAUUUUUUCUAUAUCAAUGAUCUGACCGAUGUGCACGCAUUCGAUGAUGCAGUAAAAGACAUUGAUGGUGUUAUACACAUUGCUAGUCCGCUGAGAUACGAUUUCGAUGACAAUGAGAGAAACUUAAUCGUACCGGCCAUUCAAGGGGUCAAAUCUAUUAUGAAAGCAAGCUUAACCUCUGGAAUCCGAAGAAUUGUCUUGACCUCGUCCUUUGGCUCGGUUCUUGACAUAAGCAGACCCGAAGAUAUACCUUGGAAGUACACUUCAGUGGACUGGAACCCAAUCACUUAUGCCGAAGCCGCGUCACCUAAUGCAACAGCACAAGAUGCAUACAGGGGUUCUAAAACGAUUGCUGAGCAGGAGGCAUGGAAAUUUACGAAAGAAUGGAACCCGCAAUUCGAUCUUGUAACGCUGUGUCCAUCAAUGGUGUUUGGGCCGCUAGCUACCUCCCCAACAUCGCUACGUGAUCUUAAUGAGUCCAACAUUAUGCUCUGGAAAGUCGCAUCUCGAGGGCCAAGUCAGCCGCUGCCACCUUGUCGGUUCAAUUUUUGGAUCGAUGUUCGAGAUCUGGCAGAAAUCCAUGUUCAAGCCCUGUUAGUUCAAGCUGCUGGUGGGAAGCGAUUUAUUCCAGUGUCCCCUGAACCAUUCACGUAUGAAAAGGCAUCAGAAACUAUUUCUGUAUCAUUUGAAUCUUUGAAAUCGAAAGUGUCAACUGGUGUACAGGAAGUGAAAACACACGUCUCCGUCGACAUGGACCCCGUGCAAGAGCAUUUUCCCAACGUGAAAUACACACCAUUCACGAAAACUGUAACUGAUUUGAUAAGUCAAGUAGAGAGAUUUGCUUGA